AACUGGCAACCCCCAGGGCUGUCACGCCUCGCCUGCAGGCCUGCAGCUUGCUCUGGCCCGUGCCCGCAUACCCGAUCCCUGGCCCUGUGAAUGGCGCCGGGCGGCCCCACACUUGCCCCAUUGCCCACAUGCCGCCGACAUCCAGACUCCUCCGUCGCUCCCCCGCUGACACAAGGGGUCCUUUCAUCCUCAGGGCCCGCAUCUCCAAUUGCCGCUCUUGUAUGUUGCCGCCGCGCGCGUCGAGACUUGACUGAUGCCGGCCCGUACGCCGGUACGCCGGAUCGCCGGCCCUUGCCGGUCACUUUCGGGGGGAAACGAGUAGCGUCGAUUGAGCAUCGAUUAGUACAGCGCGCUCUGCACUACGGCACAGAGUUGCCGAGUAGCGUUGCAGAUGUAGCUAGCUCGGGCUGCGCUCCUAGGUGGGGCGUGGGCGGUGGAGUGGGGGUUUCCGGCGCGAUGCUCGCGUCAAGGAGCGUGGAGCGUAACGUCUCCGAGCGGCCGGUCUCCGGUCGCCGCGCAAUCAGCCGCCAGUCGCCAAGCCAUCAGCCAGGCGCCAGCAACGCCAGCCAGUACACCGGAACAGAGUGGCCGAUGUCAGCCAACGCCUACGCCAACUGGAAGCUUCUCGCGCUUCUCGACAUAUGUCAUAUACAAUGAUCCUUGGAUUCCUUGGAAGGACGGGAUCGAGGCGGCACACAAUGCGGCGUUCUGGGCGUUGGGCGUCUACUGUUGUGGCUUGGGGGCUUCGGGAGGCGGUUAGGCCCGCCUGUUGGCCUGUUAGCCUGUUGGCCUGUUGGCUGGACAUUAGCCAAUCGUAGGCACUGUGCCGACGGUAAGCGGCACUCUAUGCAUACGACCCUCGUGCAGGUAUG